CUCUCUCUCGGAGUGUACGUGUGUAUAAAAGCCUCUUUCUCCAUGCUUUCACUUCACUCUCGGCUUUCCAUUGCAUUGCAGAGAGGAGCAAGGCUGAAGGGAGCGGAGAAGAGGCACGACCAAAGGAGAUCCCUGUGUUACAGUGGGAGACAAUUCUUUGACCUUCCCUCUUUUCGUCUCUCUCUCUCUUUCAUCUCCUCCCCACAUUCUCCCCCUCUCCCAAUGUGGUUUGGGUCUCCCUCCUUUCCUUCUCCUCCUUCUUCCUCUUAAGCGUCUCCGCUCUGCUUGGACGGUGGCUGCAUCGAUGCAAAAUGGGUUGUGGCAAUUCCUCAGCCACCAACACCUCAGGAGGGGGGCCAGCAGAAGUCACCAAAGAUGUGACAGAAGAUUCCUCGGCAGAAGAUGAGAAAAGAAGGAACUAUGGUGGUGUAUAUGUAGGUCUACCAGCAGACCUGACCACUGUGGCUGCUAGUCAGUCCAAGUCCACACAUAAAGACUAGCAGCUACUGAAGCGAACACAGCACAGGAUCCUUCAUAUUCAUUCACCUAGAGACACUCACAUUACAAGAAAGAGAGCAUGUAAGUGCUCCGAUUCUGGCUCACCACACACUGAAUAAAGUCUCAGGCAUUAACACUCUCAUUGAGCGGGGAUGUGGACAGCUUGCCGGAGCUCAAAGGACGCUGCCUCAUGGAGUCAUGCGUGGCACAGUGACGCAGGGAAGCACAGUGGAGGUCUGCAUAUGGCAUCCAUCAUCACCUUUCACUUUGCAAAAAAAAAAAAAAAAAAAAAAAAGAUGGGCAUCAAAGCGGACAAAAAGCACCCAACCUGGGAUUGGCAGCUGUGGGUGGCAGCAGCAGGCAUUGUGACAGCCAUCUUGGCUUCUCAGUCACGGCACUGGAACACUCUCUUUCUCUCUCAGGAGGAGACGGGAGGACCCAGCCAAGUCACUAACUAACUGUCUGGGACUCACACACAUUCCCAAUAGCCCUCUGCAAUAAUAAUUACUGCUCAGUUAUUUCUCCAAGAUAGUAUCAAUGAUUCAUGGUGUGGCAGAGUUAGAGAGACAGAGAGAAAUCUGAAUUUCACAGAAAGCAGCAAACACAUUCCUGUUAAUUUGUCACAGGACAUCUCAGCGUUAUUGAAAAUAGGUUUGAUUUCAAUAAGGGAGCUGAACAGUCUGAAAAUGACACUGAUUUGAAUGAUGGGUUGAAAUUCUAAUAACAAUGAGUUCUUGUCAAGAGUGUUUUAAUACAUAACCCCAGAUGUCCAGGUUGUACCUGGUGUCGUCACUUCACUUAUGUCCCAGACUGAUUAUAUAACAUCGGCAUAUGACUCAUGAUACUUAGUGGAGCACUCGCUCUCUCUUUCUCUCUCACUGUCUGCCUCUCUCACUCAUGAUAUCUCUGCAGCAUGUUUUCUCCCCCCGGAGUGCUCUGAUUUUAGUGCUUCUGGGUAAUUCACACAACUCUCAUAAGCGUUCGCAGAAGUAGAAUUGUCACACAGUUUGUUCAUACCUCACAACAUAAAUCUGAUCUAAUGUGUAACGGCAAAUGUAUCAUUAAAUUAUAUUCAGUUGCAAAAAAGAGUGAAACAUACUAAAAGCAACAUAAGUGGUGAUUUUGUUUUAUCUUGCCUUGUUUUUCUUACAGUUUAUUGACGUUGCUUUGUAACAGCUGCACUGAUUUUAUUACAAUCUGUUUUAUACAUUAUGUAUCACACUUUAUUGUGAAUGUUUUUCUUCUGUAUGAAAUCCUUGAAGGAUAAAGCUGGUGCUAUUAUGUAUAUUUCUUCUUGUCAACAAAUCCCAUGGAAAUACUAAAACCAACAGUGUUUUAGUGUCAUAACAAAUUCUUUUUAUAGUCCACAUCUGAUUGUGGACUAUUGAUGACUGGUUGUUGAGUUGUCAUGGAGAAAGUAGGAAAUUUUUGCCAUAUAAUAACAUGUCAUAUACAUAUACAUAUAGGCUACAUAUACAUAUACAUACUUAAAUAGGUGUGAAUAAUGCAUUUGCAUUUGUUGGGGACUUUUUUCAGUGACGGAUUAACACAUCUGUUGCUCUAGUGAGUAUUUAUAGCUGCAGGAGAGUUUAUGUGCAAUUUAAAAAAAACUACAGUGUCCAUGUUCAUCAGAAUGAAUGAACAUGUCACCCAGUAGGUUGAUUGAUGUGUUUUUAAGUUUUUAAAAAACAAUGGAGGUAGGUGGAGGAAUACAUAAUAAUAACAAUCAUAAUCAUAAACUUUAUUUAUCAGGCUAUAUCAGGCUUUGGCUUAUAUGUUUGUUAGUAGGAUUUUUGGCUAUUUCAUGGGAUUUGUUCACAAUAAGAAAAAUAUGGAAUACCACCAGUCUCAUCUCUUAGCAAAAAAUCUCAAACACCAGAGUGUCCGCAGAAGAAAACAACACACAUCACAGCUGGGUGGUCAUUAGGGGCCAAUGUCAUUUGUCAGCCAGGCUCUUGACAGUUCUUUCUUCUAAUGAAUGUACAGCCUCCACUCACCAGGACCCUAGAGGAGAGUGGAAAUAGGCCAACUUUAAACACUUGAGAUUCAAGAGAUGUUCUUUGCGAGCUACACAAAAUGCUUUAUACGUCUGUGUGUGUAGCCAUGACUGACCAGUCACAUAAAAAUGGGGACUUAUUUCACCACGCCUGAAUGCAGGCUUACUGUUUACUGUUUGUGUCUGUUUUCUUCAGAGUGACGCCCACUAGCUGUGUCGCUGGUUAGCGGUCACGUUGAUACCAAGGGAUUACAUGUAGUGUCUUUUAAUUGCAAGCCAUUGUCAGCUCACAUUGUCACUGCAUUUACACUGUUCACCUGUGGUAGAGGCACUGCUGAUACAAAGAGCUGCUUUUUGUACAGUGUAGUUUGCAGCAUAUUAUAAAAAGAGCUGCAUUGUGCCUACAGCACCACAGCACAGACCCACCUGAGACAUUACAUUUUUGGUGUCUCUUUUCCUUGAUGUCUACAUUUCCUCCCUGCUGCUGCCUCAGCUUCCCUGCGUGAGUUCCUACCGGAGGCCUUUGGCUUUGACAGCGUGUUGUGCCGCCUGUCUCUCCCUCUUUUAUCAGCCCCUCUUUGCCCUUUAUGGUUGGUCCUCCUGUAUAUGAUGAAUGUCAUUGCCUUUGCCCUAUUCAAUUAGUUUAACAGGGACAAGAGGGCAGAAUGUGGAGGAAUAACGUAGUCUGAAGUGAAGCCCUAUACAUUAAAAGGCCGCUGUGGCACAUCGUGAGAUAGCUGUAAAAAGCUGUGCAACACAGCAUGUUGUUUGAACAUAGUAGGGGUGGGUGUGUUUCGAGAAGUAACAUACAUUUUAAAGGGUUUUGAUCACUUGAUGUCAAAGCAUCUGUGAAUUGGUCUGUGUCUCUUUAUGCUGUUGGCCGCUGUAUGAUGUUAUGAUUAAAGAGGCAAUGACUGAGGUGA